AAAAAAGUUAGAUCUAAAGUGUAAACAAAUAUCGCAAUAAAAUCUCAUAAAUAUAUUUUAGUGAUUGCCAAUUAAUUAAAAGUGUAAUAACAACAUCGAAUACGACCAAUAUGUCGAGCAAACCAGGAUUCGAAGAACUCCGCACGAAAUACAAAGAUGUACUUUCUAAAGCCUUUGCAACGAACAACAUUGACCUCAUCGAUUCUUUUUCCAAAAACACUGACGAAACUGACAGAAAAGCAGCUAUGGACCAAGCAUUUAGGGAUAAGCUACUUGAAUUACUUACUGAGGAUCAUAACACUCUUGAAAAUUUUGUAUCGUUCUGCAUAGAAUCAUGCAGGCGACUUAUGGUUACGCCAACAAUGCCUGUUGUAUUACUCGGCGAUAUCUUUGACGCCCUCACACUAAAUAAAUGUGAACAAUUGUUCUCAUACAUUGAAAAAGGUGUCAGUAUAUGGAAGGAAGAACUAUUUUUCGUGGCAUGCAAAAAUAAUUUAUUGAGAAUGUGUAAUGAUUUAUUAAGAAGACUUUCUCGAUCUCAAAAUACAGUUUUCUGUGGACGUAUUUUACUUUUUUUGGCAAAAUUCUUUCCAUUCUCCGAACGCUCCGGUCUUAAUAUAGUCUCUGAAUUCAAUUUAGAAAAUAUAACUGAAUUUGGUGUUGAUAAUUCAAGUACACUAAAGGAUGCUUUGGAAGAAGAAAUGGUUAUUGAUAAUGAAAAACAUAAACUGACUAUAGAUUACAAUUUAUACUGUAGAUUCUGGAGUUUGCAAGAGUUCUUCAGAAAUCCUAAUACUUGUUACAAUAAACUCCAGUGGAAGACCUUUGUUGCACACUCUGGUAGUGUAUUGUCCGCAUUCUCAUCUUACAAGCUAGAGACAGUUGAGCUGCAGAAAUCUAAAAUGAAUCGAUUGAAGCCAUUGACUGACGUGGAAAUGCAGGGUCAAGGCAAAGAGCAGCAUUACUUUGCAAAAUUCCUAACCAAUCAGAAAUUGUUAGAGUUGCAAUUAUCAGAUUCGAACUUCAGAAGAUGCGUCCUCAUACAGUUUCUAAUACUGUUUCAGUAUCUGAUGUCAACUGUUAAGUUCAAAACAGAAGCGCAAGAACUAAAAUCUGACCAGUCUGAUUGGAUUAAAGAUACAACCUCUCAGAUUUAUCGUUUGCUCGGUGAGACUCCACCGAAUGGGAAGAAAUUUGCGGAAUGCGUUAAAAGCAUACUAAAGCGAGAAGAACAUUGGAAUAACUGGAAAAAUGAUGGGUGUCCAGAAUUUCAAAAACCCAAGCCACCGACACAAUUGGACACCCCUGAAGAUGUUAAGAAAUCACGCAAACGGCGUCGUCCGGUCGGCGACAUUGUUAAGGAAUACGAAGGACAGAAGAAAUCCUAUAUGGGAAACAAUGAGUUGACGAAACUCUGGAAUCUGUGUCCGGAUAAUUUAGCCGCCUGCCGCACGAAGGAACGCGAUUUCAUGCCUUCGUUGGAGUCGUACAUAUCGAGCGCGUGCGACGAGUCGGGGCGGCGGCGCACGGCGGAGGGGGGUUGGGGGUGGCGCGCGCUGCGGCUCCUGGCGCGACGAUCGCCGCACUUCUUCGUGCAAACCAACAACCCUAUAGGACGUCUCCCGGACUACCUCGAUGCUAUGGUCCAUCGCAUCACGAACGAGAUGGCCGCCAACGCUGCGGCCGCCACCACCGAGCAGUCGCCGAAAUCCGACGACAAGGCCAACAAGCCGGAUGUGACCGAGGAAGAAAUUAGUGAAGAACAAAUGGAGGCUGAUCUCAUAAAAGAAGGCGACGCGAAUGAUAUUGAACAGGUGCCCGACUCGACUCACGUCGGCGACGACGACUACGAGAAGUCGUCCAGGUCCCGCGUCACGAUGAUCACGCCCGCCCAGCUGGACGCGGUAUCGGCCCAGCUCUCUGACUGGAAGACGUUGGCCGUGAAGCUUGGCUACAAGCCGGACGAGAUCCAGUACUUCGAGACGGAAAACGCAACGGACGUCACGCGAGCCAAGAACAUGCUUCAGCUCUGGUUCGACGACGACGAAGACGCGUCGGUCGAGAACCUCCUCUACACCAUGGAGGGUCUGAAGAUGACCGAGGCCUGCGAGGCCCUCAGACGAGUUAUUUGACAUACAAUGAAACGUAGACAUAGAAGAAUAAAGUUUUAAAUU